AUGCUCUUCCCCACGCUCGCCAGCGGGCUCUUCCUCGCCCUCCUCGGCGCGCCCAGCGUCCUCGCCAUCCAGGAUCCCCCAGUGAACUCGCUUCCUGAGCUCCCCAUCCCCAUCCCCUCGCUCCCGGUGCUCCCCUCACUCGGGCUUCGAUCCUACCCCCCAGUCCGCCCUCGCGACGACGUCAACCCCUCCGACCCCUCCGACUCAUCAGACUCAGACCCGCUCCGCCCCACGCGCGCCCGUCCCGAGCGCCCGCGUCGCGCACCUGCCCCGGCCGCCUACGAGCACAUCAACCCCACCGACCUACCCACACGCACGCUCGUGCAAGCCGACCAGAUCGCGCCCCGCGCCCGCGCGCUCACGAACGCGCAGCGCCUCGCGAACGGCCUCCCCCCGCUCGCCCCGCGGCGCCGCCAGCGCUCCCGUGGCGCGCACGCCCCGCGGACGUCGCCGAAGCCGUGCAGCAACCCGACGGGGACGCUGACUGUGACGGACGUGGACACGGGUGCGGGCGCGACGUUUGGGCAGGUGGGGAGCAUGGCGAACGCGUUUGGGGAGUAUGGGAUCGGGGGCGUCGAGGGCGGCAGCGCUCUUAAUGUUGUGCUGCUCCAGUGUAACACCGACGGAGGGCCGUUCGAGGUUCAGACUACUAACGGGUUGGGCAACUUUACGUUCUUCGGCGGUAUCAUCGGCUUCGGGAGCAUAGAUGACAACAUCAGCGACGCUAACUCGAACUACGUCUACGUCGGCGGCACCUCCGAGGUCUCCCCUGGGCCCGCGCAGGACGCUCCGAACGGGUUCACCGCCGCAACCGGCACAGAGCGCGACAUCGAAUCCGCGCUCUGGACGCUCGGCGCCGACAGCUCGCUCACGAUGAACUGGAUCAACACGGACGGCACGCUCGCACAGGGCGCGCACCUGCUGUAUGUGGCGAACGCGAACGCGAUCGUGCUCACGGGCAACGUUGAUUUGUUCCGCGCGCGGUUCGGGCCUGCGGCGGAGGUGGUGCUCACAUUCGUCCCCAGUUCGGGCUCCCUCUAGCGACGCGGCUCUCUUUUAAUCCUCAGGUUGGUCGCGCCGCCGUGCCAAAAGACGAUUUAUGCCUACCGUCUACAUCCACCGGUUCAUUAUUCGGACUACAGACCUUCAAAGCUUCAUCCCUUCACGUCCAUGUCGUAGAGUUUCGUGUUAUCA